AUGGAGGCCACUCAAGAGUCGACUCAACCGUACGCAGAUCCCCGGCGUAUAGGUCACAACAAUUCUGGUCUUCAUGAACAGGAUGUCUCCGACAUAAUUUGCAUUCUGCACCCAAACUCGAGGGCGGCUCACGAUGCCGUUGCAGCCACGGCCGAUAUCGCGCCCCAGCACAUCUUGCAGAGAGAUGAACUCGAAUACGAAACCUCGGACAUAGCGGCUCGUGAUAUUGCACUUAGGCUAUCGUCGUCAGUUCGAGACCCGGCUUCGGGAUUCUGUUUCGGUCGGAACGCCAACCGUUGCGAUAUCGUCCUCUCUGCAGAUGACAGUGCCAAACGGAUCUCGAAUGUUCACUUCCGCAUCUAUCUGACCGAUGAUGGCAUCAUUAUGCUUCAAGAUACCUCGACAAACGGGACGGUGGUGGAUAGCUGUCGGCUUCGGAAAAAUCAGAAGGACUGCAGUCGGAUGCUGACCAGCGGGUCGGUAAUCCAAGUGGUCAUGGGCACUCAAUCUGCCGAUGAGGUCAAAUUCGUCGUCCGGAUCCCACCUCGCGAUGGGCAUACCGUGCAGUACACGGAGAACCUGAUCAAAUAUCUUCAGCGGGCUCAAAAACACCGCACAGAUCUCAGGCGGCCCAAGAUGCGUGGUUUGCCCACGCAACCCACCUUAUCCUGGACUGUUGGCAACCCAUAUGGAAUGCACUGGACAGGAGGGUCUUUGUACAACGUCACUGGCCAGAUAGGUAAAGGUGCAUUUGCAACUGUCUACAAACUCGCGACCAAGCAGCACGGAAUCGUGUAUGCGGCAAAGGAACUCGACAAGCGGCGCUUCAUGAAGAAUGGAGUCCUAGAUCAGAAGGUGGAUAACGAAAUGAAGAUCAUGAAGGAUCUGAGACAUCCUAAUAUCGUUCAGUAUGAGGGUCACCACGAGCACGACCGCUGGAUCUACAUCAUCAUGGAGUACGUGGCUGGCGGAGAACUCUCCACUUAUCUCCAGAUGCAUGGCAAAAUCCCCGAAGACAUGGUCAAGAGUAUUGCACGGCAGAUAUUGCAUGCGCUACAAUAUCUCCACAGACGCAAGAUCACCCACCGUGAUAUCAAACCUGACAAUAUUCUCAUUGCGUCUUUGGAUCCGUUGAAGGUAAAGCUCUCUGAUUUUGGGCUCUCCAAGGUUGCGCAGGAAGAAACGUUCUUGAAAACCUUCUGUGGGACUCUACUGUACUGUGCUCCCGAGGUCUAUCCAGAAUAUGAAACCUAUCGACGAGGCGAGGUGCGAAAGAGACGGCGUGUGGGCGAUCCUCCGCCAAAAACCUCCCCAUAUGACCAGUCCGUAGAUAUGUGGUCCCUUGGAGCAGUGCUCUAUCACAUCCUCUGUGGAGCACCUCCCUAUAUUGGGCGUGCGGAUGACAGAGGUGCACAGAUGUUGAGAACAAUCAUGACUACUGAGGCCGACUUGGACUUGCUUCGCAGAGAAGGGAUCUCAGAGGAAGGCGUUGACUUUGUUGCGAAGCUCUUGAACCGUGAUCCACAGCUACGGCCAAAGGAGAGUGAAUGCUUCAAGCAUCCAUGGAUUGCGAAUGUCCCUGAUGUGGAUGAAUACCCGGACGAUGAAGGCCUGGAGGAUGACUUCAAGGAGUUGCCUGUGAUAGGGGAGGCUGAGGAAGAACUAGACGCGUCCCAGCUCUCACUCUAUGACAAGGGUGACGCGGAGGAGCAACACAACACUCCGGAAGAACAACAUGCGAAGAGACAACGUGUGGAUGAGGAAGUACCCGUGCAAAUCCAUUACCCCUCUCUCCCGCACAUAGAGAGCUUCGAAGAAUCCGAAUUACAUGCUCAACAAACAACGAGUCGCCUAUUCGGUGAGAUAACAGGAUCUGUCGCACGCAGCCCUGGUGCCCCAGAAUUCUCCAAUCUAAACGAGCUCGAGGGCGACGAUUUCAGCAUUGUCGACUUCAUGUCAUCAAGUGAUGAGUCGAGGAGCGACCACCAAAGCCUAGCUUCAGAAGUGUCUCUUCCCAUGCCGAAGUUUGGUGGCUCUGCUGCUAGUCUCUUGGGAACUGAGGCCCUUGUUGGACAACUCAAGGUGGAGUCAGAAGUCGGCUUCGAUAGGGGCUCCGCAACACCGAAUGCCCUCGCCUCCGCCAGAUCUCGCAGUCCUGUUACCAGAGCACUGACACCGGUCAAUGUAGGUGCUUCAGAGUCCAACAAGCAGGAAGAGAAUGCGCACGAAACCACACCGAAGGCCGUCCCGUUCAGCCGCCGGAUCGUAUUACCGCUACCUGAGACAUCCAGCGAGCAUUCGAAAGGAGGGAAGUCCAGGGACCAGCGUGUUUAUUCUGGCAGGCACAUUAAGGAUGAGUUGGAUGACGAACUCGCUAUCACAAUUGACGCAAAAACUGGCAAGGAGGUUCUCUCUGAGUUGCCCGCCACCACUACGGGUUCCGAACGCUCAAGCUUGGAAGACCCCUACGGCUCGCGUGCGCUAUCCCCCACAAAUUUUGUCAAACCUGGUCCUCUGCUCGGUAAACUCACCAGCGUUGAGGGCUCUAUCUUCGACCUGACCAUCCGACUGCAAGAUCGGAUGACCUCAUGGGGUCGGGGCCCGCAGGCGACCAUCUGCUAUCCGGAUCCCAUGGAUACACGAAUCCCAGCGUAUGCGCUAGAGAUCACCUUCUGGGCUCCUGCUAUCGAGAAGCGUAUCCAGGCCGGAGAGGACUGGAUGUCAGUUCCCAAUGUGAUGGCUGUUCUGUCGACGAAGACCCGCAAGUGUAUCUGGGUCAAUGAUGUCGAAUUGCGGCGAGGCCCCGAGAGCGAUAGCGGCCACGAAGGCUUCAACUUUGGUAAACUGUAUACAGGCGACAUCAUUACCGUUUACAAGCACCAUGAUCGGUACCUCAAGUUCCGGUGCGAAUUCUACCACGGAGACAGUGCACGUUCCCGGCCGGAAAACGAGCAGGGUUUCAUCAUCCGGAAGGUGUUGACACCCCGGGGAGCAAAUCAACUGCCUCGGCAGAACACAGACAAGAAGAAAGCCAAAGAGUGA